UUUCUUUUGCUCUCUUUUUCUGCUCCUCCUCUGGAUGUGUCAAUUACGUGGACUCCAUUUUUUUCGUAAAGGCCUCCAAAUUCCUUCAUCGACCAAAUUGCACAGAUCUGACAUCCCUUCGCCUCCGAAGAACGAAAAAUCCCGUCGGAAGAAAAAAGGGGAAAUUUGCUCUGUGGAAAAAAUCUUGGUCGAGGGCAAAAGGCCAAACACUCACUAUCUGCUGAGAGUAAGAGUCUCGUGGUUCCUAUCACCGGACUCCAUGGGCCUAGGCGCGUCGUGUGUCGGUUCACACCCAACUUUCUCCCGAGGUCGCCGAUCCAAAUUGGUCCGCAAGUGGCGGCCUGUCCGUCCGUUCCCUCCAUAGACGAGGCUCGCGGAUCAUCGCCCUUGAUGCUGCUCGCCUCUGAAGCUCGAAGAACGCCGCUUAACGCGUCCUCAAUCCUCGCCCACGGCUAUCUUUGCCUGCUUUGGGGAGGCGGCGAGCCAGCUGGCUGAUGCCACUCGGAGUUGCGGCUCUGGCCAGCUGGAUGGAUGGAUGAUCGUUGCAAUGGUACACAACCAUGGUUUUGAAAGUUUGACGUUGCCUUAAGAACACGUUGGCCUUAAACAGUUCCUCUUUUACCUUGCUCUGAGGAAGAGGCGCGAGAGGCGAGGAGAAGGAAAGAAGAAGCAGACCAAAAGUUCCUGACUCGUAGUUCUUCUUCGUCCACUACGUCUACUACGGCGACUUCGACUACUACGUCUACUACUACUAUAUUUGAAUACCCACACGUCUCGUGGACGAGCUCCUACUAGGACCCCUCACUCCAAUCCUGAACAAUAGUGCAACCCAAACAACGGUGAAACUCGGGGAAUUGUGAAAGCUUCUUAAAGUGUUGACUGACAUUCACCCCUAUCGUUUCUAUGCAUCAAGAAAUCAGCAACAUUUCAGAGUGAUUGUUUAGACACUUGAUCGGCUUCUGUGGAUGGAAGAAAACACCCGACUUGUGAAGAAAGCCAACCAACCUUACUUGCUCUCACACGUAAAGAAACGUUGAACAGUGAUUUGUUUCGUUCUCAACGUGUUGUUGCUCAUCCAGACAACCACGCCACAAACCUUGGGGAUUCGCCAAAUUCACAAGCAGACGCUCAUCAUUUGAAACGUUAACCCAUUAAGCAGCUGCUCAUUCUUGGUGAGAAAGUGAAGAACUGAGAGACCCACGAGAACGACCCGGAUCAAAGAUGGAAUAGCUUUUUUUCGUCUUCAUCCGACUUCUCCACUCCAUCCUUCACUUCCUCUUAAUCGAAAGAGAGGCCGAAAGCAUACCAAGCGAAAACAACCUCAAACUUUUGGAUCAAACUUUUUCCCGGCCAGAUCGGAGACUGAAAAAGAAAAGUUGGCCUAGUUAUUUGAUCUUAUUUCAACCCACUCUCGCUCAUCAUGAUCACUGAAGACCAGCAGCAGCACCAGCACCACCAUCAACAGCAACACCAACAACAAGGUCAGACCAACCCACCAUCUGGCCAACAAUCACAACCAACACAACAACAACAACCAACGCCAGGAUCCCAAGCUGGCUCCACAACUUCAGAUUUUGAAGCCAAACCAUCUCCAUCUUCGGCUGGCGAUGAGUACAUCAUGACGAACCCUUUUGAAAACACACCCCGUUAUGAAGACGACUACGACUCUCCGUCGUUGCCCUCAGAUCAAACGCAGCAUAUUCACCAACACCAACACCACCAACAGCUCACCCCCCAACAACAGCAGGUUCAUCCCGCACAACAGCAGCAGCAACAACAACAGCAAUACUAUCAUCAAGGCUACUACAACCAACAAUGGCAACAACAGCAACAACAUUACGGUCACCCUCAGCAAAUGUAUCACCAACAACCCGAAUAUGGUUACCCCCAGCAGCAUCCAAAUGUAGCUCACCAUCCUCAUCACCAGCAAACACAGUAUCAUCACAUGUAUCCACCUGGUCAUGGAUACCCUCAUCACCACCCAGCCUCCCAUGGGGGCCAACAGACUAGUCCGAAUGGCCCAGCCAACACCGCCACCCCUAGUCCAACCACGAAUUCGGAUGAUUCCGGCGGAGAUUGUGUUACCGAGUCCAAGCGACUCCUCUUGGCCGGCCACCCAUCGCACGUCAGUGAAUCCCUGGUCGCACCCAUUGCCCAGCCCUAUCCUGGUGCCAUGCAUUACCCACACGUGGCACCCCCGCGUGGUGUGCCCUUGGUUCAGAAGCGACCACGACAAACCCGACGGAACAAGAAGAAACGUGAUCCCAAUGAGCCUCAGAAACCGGUGUCCGCCUACGCGUUGUUCUUCCGAGACAUGCAAGCCGGGAUAAAGGCACGGAAUCCGAAUGCGAGUUUUGGAGAGGUGUCGAAACACGUGGCAGCCAUGUGGGACAACCUCAAUCCUGACCACAAGGCAGCAUACAAGAAGCGGACUGAGAAUGCCAAGAAGGAAUACCUGAAGCAGUUGGCAGCCUACAGGGCCAAUUUGGUGUCCAAAAACCACCACCAUCCCGACAACCCAUAUGGCCCUUACGGUGCUUAUUUCAAUAAGCCUAAUAGCGCAUACGACUACAGCGGAGCCGGUAACUCCCUAACGGGUAGUGAUAUCAGAAGACACAGUCCCAUGGGUAUCCCCAGUUCCAUGGAGAGUCCCUCGAGUAUCUCAAGUGAAGGAGGAGGAGGAGGAGCAGGCAAUGUCUCUAAUAAUAACAACGUCUCGGGAAUUGGGGAGCGCACCUCGGUGGGAUAUUCUUCACCAGGGGUCUCAGCUGGAUCGAACAAUGCACCAAACGGACCUCAGGGUGUUCCGCAGCUCUCGCCGCACCACGCCCACAUGUUAGGCAGUCGAUCCGGACCACCUGGCUCACACAUGCCUCACCCGGGCAUGAUGCAUUCGCCUCACCACCAUUACCAACCAGGAGGCGGAACCUCCGCACAUCAUCCGGGAUUGAAUGGAGAGGAGGCCAAUGUCUGUCGAAGACCCGGUUGUACCAACACCCUCCUGGAUCUGUCGAUGAACGGGUUCUGUUCCAACGAUUGUGUCCUCAGCCAAAGUAGAGAUGUCUAUAAUAAUUGGUCAGGUUCAGCCAUGGGAAUGGGCCCGGGCACGCCUCCUCAACCCCAAGCAGCGGCGGCACGUUAGAUAAAGGACAACGUUUCUAUUCAUUUUAAUUCUUGAAGUAUUCACCAUUCAUCGCACAUGGUCUCGUUCUUGUCUUUUCGAUGGUACAAGUACUUUGGAGCACACUGAGGACAGCACUUGCCAAUCUUAUGGUUGCGGUCAAAGAAGAAACUUGGCUCAAAGUUUACCCCCGAUGACCGUUGAUAAGUUUUCUCCUCGUCAAAGAAUCUCCUCAACCUGGUUAUAAUUCGCUAUUUGUCAGCUGUUGCAAUUUCAUUUCCCAAAACUACGUAAAAUGUUUGUUGUGAAAAGCCCAAAGUACAGUAACCGACAAAUGAUAUUCACUACGGUUGACAACGUCAGGACUUGGUUCUGUCACCAAAUAUACAACCCCUGUCUAAUCGACACCUCCGAGUCUUACACGGCAAGAGAUCUGACACAUUCUAUUUAUAUUUCCCCCCUAAUCCGUGUGUUAAACGACCCAGCCAAACGAAAUGUACCGUCAUCACUUUAUCCUUGACCUCAGAACCAUAUUAUUAGGCAACAACCAAUUUUCGCCCACCAAUCCCCCCUCAAUUAUGAGAAAGUUAUCUUCUGUCUCUUUCGCAUCGAUUCAUUCUUGAUUUGUUGUUUACAAUUAAAAUACACAAUUGAAAAAAAGAAUAAAACCUUUUGUCAGAA